AUGCUGCCGCUGCCGCCGCCGCCGCCACCACCACCACAACAACAACUUGGUCUGGGGAAUGGAGGACAAAAUCACUAUGCAUAUGGCCUGACAAACAACAGUCCUUCUGUCUUUGGUGGAAAUUCUAAUCAGCAGCAACAGUUUGGUCAAGGUGAACUGAAUGUUAGUGACAUGCUUUUGGAGCCUACGAACAAUUUACCUGCUUAUCAGCCACAAGGUGUAGAUCAAGCGGGCACUUCUUUGCAUGAACUCUUGAAUCCAGACUUUUUUAACUCACUUCAGAUUGAUGAAAAUGCUCCUUGGAAUGAACAAUCUUCUGGCAAGGCUCAAAGUGGAGAAGGAGCUAUGAACCCUAUCUUCGAAAGCAAUGCCAAUUCAUUGGAGGGACAUUUUCCAAUAUGUGAUCAGGCAACGUUUGUCCAGUUGACAAUGGACCAAAAGAGAAUCAGGCAUGCUUGGGAUGAUGAUUUCUUGGAAUCUCUGUUUGGAAAUGAGCCCCUCCCGAGAGAUAGUUUGAUUUCGUAUGACUGUGGCUUGGCCAUUGUUGUUGCAUUUUCUAUGCAAAGACUUGGUUUACUUUAUAGUGUUUGUUUACAUAAGUUUAGGAAUAUGCAUAUUUUGAGAAUGAUUUCUGGUCGUUGUGCAGCUUGCAAACAUUUGAGAAGGAGAUGUCCUUCGGAUUGCAUUUUCUCUCCUUAUUUUCCUUCCAAUAAUCCUCAAAGAUUUGCUUGUGUUCACAGAAUCUAUGGUGCAAGUAAUGUUGCAAAAAUGCUCCAGCAACUCCCAGCACAUUUAAGAGCCGAAGCAGCAAACUCUUUGCAUUAUGAGGCACAAUGUAGAACUCAAGAUCCUGUCUAUGGCUGUGUUGGGAUUCUCUCGUUAUUACACCAACAAAUUCACAGUGUAGAAAGCCAACUAGCUAAAACAAAAGCUGAAAUUGCAGUCCUCAGUUCUCUAGCACAACAACCUUCUCAAAUUCAAGAAAAUGAAGUAGAAGCUAGUGCCAACAAUUUCUUGGUGGGACAAGACAAUGCGGUUGGCCAAAUUAACCAUUCCACUAAUAUUUCUUCUCAAUUUAUGUAG